AUGUCUGUUGUGGGCGCGCAGCCUUUCAUCAAACCAAUGCAGCCUCCUCCCUCUGUGUCCCCCGGCCUCCAGAGGAGACACACGCUCCCGGCGAGCGAGGUCCGGCCGCUCAACACGCAGGAUGCCAUCAGCGUGUUUGAGAUCGAGCGAGAAGCGUUCAUCUCAGUGUCCGGUGAUUGUCCCCUCCACCUGGACGAGGUGCGUCACUUCCUCACGCUGUGUCCGGAGCUGUCCAUGGGCUGGUUUGAGGAGGGCCGGCUGGUGGCGUUUAUCAUCGGCUCUCUGUGGGACCAGGACAGACUCACCACAGACGCACUGACCCUCCACAAGCCCCGCGGCUCCACCGUCCACAUCCACAUCCUCGCCGUCCACCGCACCUUCAGGCAGCAGGGCAAAGGGCCCAUCCUCUUGUGGCGUUACCUGCAGUACCUCCGCUGCCUGCCCAGGGUGCGCCGGGCGGUGCUGAUGUGCGAAGACUUCCUCGUCCCCUUCUACCGCAAGUCGGGCUUCAAGGUGCUGGGCCGCUGCGCCAUCACCGUGGCCAACCUCACCUUCACCGAGAUGUGGUACCCGAUCAGCGGCCACGCGUACAUGCGACGCAACAGCGAGGCCAUCCGCUUCCCCCAGAAUCCCCUGACUCUGCCACUGACAAAGACUGACGAGCAAGUUGGUUUAUGACAAGUGAACCCUCAUGAGUCGGGGGUUUUCAGUUCUGCUCUGUCUUCUCUGUUGGACUCUUCUGUCCCCUAAUCUGAAGCUUAUCAGUUCAUCUUGUGUGAAACUCUCUCACUGAGUAAUAAUGAUGAUGUGAUGUGUAAUGUGACUUUGUUAGACUCUGUUCUGUGAGUUGUGCGUUGAACUAUAACUAACGAAUUGAUGUAUAUAGUCAGCUUAGCAUCUUUCUGGACUCUCCACAGUUACAGACUGACGUCAGGAGGCUUUAGCCGCUCCACCGCUGCCCCUCCAGCUCUAUUAGGGAGCUUUAGCUCUUGUAUUUAGAGGAGGAUCCACUCGUCAGUUUGACCUGAUACUCAAACCAGUCCCUGGUUUUUGGUUAGACGUUGUUUCAGUUUUUGUUUUGUGAUUUUUCUUUUUCUAAGUUUGUGUGUUUCUGUUCCAGUAUCUCGAGUUCAAUAAAAUGUUUUCUACUGUUUUUUUUUAAGAGUAAAAAGUGAAUGUGUUUGAUUUGUCACAUUUGUCAAAUCUAAUAACUGCAGAUACUUCUGAAUACUUCGUUAUAAGAGGUCUUCCUGUGAGAUAAUAUCAUGCCAGUGUCCACAGAGCAGACGAGGCCUCAGUUUUCUUGACUGGAGCUUUAAUCCAUGACACAGACUCCAGCGUCUAAUCCACUGACGUGCCAGACUGAGCAGCUCCGGCUCCUGAAGGUCAAACUUUUAUCAGGU